GGGAAGGAAAAAGUAUAUUUGAGUGUGUAUGUCUGUGUGUUAAAGGAAAAAUCUAAAAAAAAAACACGCGGCAAGAGUUCAAGGACAAAUGUGUGUCUUCAUGUCUAGAUAAAAAAAAAUGAAAUUAUUUCUUGGGCAUUUUAAGUCCCAUGCGAGUGCGCGUCAGUGAGAGUGUGUAUGUGUGUGUGUAAGAGACUGUGUGUGUGACACAGAGAAGCCAACAUAGCGAGGAAAAUCUUUUUUUGUCACUUUCCAGUGGAACUGCCGAUUGCAACAGACCAAGGGAGCAAGAUUUUGACUGGGAUCUUGCAGUUAAGUUUUCAAAGAGAAGAGAAGGUUGACAGAAACUUUUUUUUGCUUUGGAAAUCAAUUGGGCAUCUUUUCUGUCUUUUUUGGGGGGCAGAAUCUCCUUUUCCUCCUCCUCUCUCUCUCUCCCCUCUUGGAUUCAGGCUGCAGCAGAGACUCCUUUUCCAUCUACAACCUUCGUCCCAAUAGAAGUGAGAGAAGUAAAGGGAAAAGGACAGAGAGUGUGUGGAGGGUAGGGAGGGAGAGAGAGAGAGAAAGAGCAAUGACGAGAGACACCUGACUCGAACUGCAUCCUGAUUUGAAGAGCGAACACGUGCUUUUGAAGAAGAGAGAGAGAAAAAAAAUCUGUCACCCAGGCAAAAAUCCUUCCCAUAUGAUCAGUUCAGUUUGCGUGUCGUCUUUUCGUGGGAGAAAGUCGGGGAAUAAACCUCCUUCCAAGUCAUGUUUGAAAGCAGAGAUGGGCAAGAACGAGGAAAGCGACAAGAUUGUCAUCAAUGUUGGAGGCAUCAGGCAUGAGACUUACAGAAGCACCCUGAAGACUUUGCCUGGGACCAGGCUGUCUUGGCUGACAGAGCCGGACGCUUUUAGCAACUUUGACUAUAAUCCCAAGACAGACGAGUUCUUUUUUGAUCGCCACCCCUCGGUGUUUGCCUAUGUGCUGAACUAUUACAGGACGGGCAAGCUGCACUGCCCGGCGGAUGUGUGUGGCCCCCUGUUUGAGGAAGAGUUAGCCUUUUGGGGGAUCGAUGAGACGGACGUGGAGGCGUGUUGCUGGAUGAAUUACAGGCAGCACCGGGACGCGGAGGAAGCGCUGGACAGCUUCGAGACCCCAGAGCCUGACGACGAGGAAGACGGAGACCUCAAGAGACUGUGCCUGCAGGAGGACUCGAGCAGGAAGCUGGGCUGGUGGAAGAAACUCCAGCCCAAGGUCUGGGCUCUGUUCGAGGACCCUUACUCAUCCAAAGCGGCACGGUACGUGGCGUUUGCAUCAUUGUUCUUCAUUUUGAUAUCCAUCACUACUUUUUGCCUUGAGACCCACGAAGCGUUCAACCACCUGGUGAACAGAACGGAGACGGUCACCACUGGGAAUGUUACCAAUGUGGUGGAGGAUGUGGAGAUUGAGACCGAGGCCUUCCUCACCUACGUGGAGGGCAUGUGCGUCAUCUGGUUCACCUUCGAGUUCCUGAUGCGCAUCAUGUUCUGCCCGGACAAGAAGGAGUUCAUCAAGAACACCCUCAACAUCAUUGACUUUGUGGCCAUCCUUCCUUUCUACCUGGAGGUUGGCCUGAGCGGACUCUCGUCCAAGGCCGCCAAGGAUGUCCUGGGCUUCCUGCGCGUCGUGCGCUUUGUCCGAAUCCUCCGCAUCUUCAAGCUUACCCGCCACUUCAUUGGCCUGAGGGUCCUGGGCCACACGCUGAGGGCGAGCACAAAUGAGUUCCUCCUGCUCAUCAUCUUCCUCGCUCUCGGGGUCCUGAUCUUUGCCACCAUGAUCUAUUACGCGGAGAGGAUAGGGGCUGACCCCGAAGACAUAACGGGUAGCAGACACACCAGCUUCAAGAACAUCCCCAUCGGCUUCUGGUGGGCAGUGGUUACCAUGACCACCCUGGGUUACGGGGAUAUGUAUCCGGAGACCUGGUCGGGGAUGUUGGUGGGAGCUCUCUGUGCUUUGGCUGGUGUGUUGACCAUCGCUAUGCCUGUCCCCGUUAUUGUCAAUAACUUUGGCAUGUACUAUUCUUUGGCUAUGGCCAAGCAGAAGUUACCAAAGAAGAAGAACAAACACAUCCCCCGAGCUCCUCAGCCAGGGUCUCCCAACUACUGCAAGCCUGAUAUCAAGUCCCCCCAGCGGAGUGUCCAGGGUGAUUCCUGCCCUCUAGCUCAGGAGGAGAUCAUUGAAAUAAACAGGGCAGAUCCAAAGCAAAAUGGGGACGCUGCUAAUGCUGCUUUGGCCAAUGAGGAUUGUCCGACCAUUGACCAGGCCCUGUCACCGGAGGAGAACCAGCCUGUGACACCUGGAGGGAGGGAGAAAUAUGCCCGGGACAGAGCCUGCUUCCUGCUGACCACCGGGGACUUUGAACAUUCUCCCGACGGAAGUAUCCGCAAAGGUUAUGAAAAGUCGAGGAGCCUAAACAACAUAUCUGGCAUGAGUGGGAAUGCACUGCGACUGUCUCCUGUCACCUCGCCAUUCAACUCGCCUUGCCCAUUGAGGCGACCUCAAUCACCCAUUCCAUCCAUUCUGUAGCAUCGAUACAAAAGAGUGGGAAAUAUUUUUUUAGAGAAAUAUA